AUGGAACAACCCGAACCCUUCCCGAUACUCAACACUGUUUUAAAACGAGUGCAGUUUCUGGCAGAGAAUUUUCCAGAGAAAGAACUGUUUGUGUUCUACGAAGGAGACAACAGGACCUCGUUGACCUGUAGCCAGGUCUUCCACUUGGCCGGCAAGUUUGCCUACAGGUUGCGUCACCUGUACGGCUUCCGUCGCAGUGACGUCAUCGUCAGUACCUUACCUAACUCACCUGAGCGACUCAUUGUCGACCUUGGCAUUAUGUUGGCCGGAUGUACCUGCAUGAAUGGACAGAUUCUUCUAGCAGAUGGCUCUGAUUUCUUUCGAUCGGCUACCAACAGUCAAUGUAGCGGCAUUGUGUUGAGACCUGACACGGAGUCACCGGCAUGGCGGCUCCUUCAUCCUUUCGUCACGGAUAAGGCUUCUACGACCUGCCUCACGUUAUCGUGUGACCAAUCACCUGAGUUAAGGACAGCAAUAGGCGUCUCUAGAACCUCUGACGGAACAAGUAAACCAUGGCUGGAAGACCUGAGAGACAGCAGUGACCAAGUGUUCAUCGAUUCAACGGUCGGCCCCGAGGAUCUGCUGUAUGUGUUUACCACGUCAGGUAGUACCGGCUACUCCAAGCUGGUGCCCAGGACUCAAGCAGAGAUCGUUAGUUUAGGGACUGCAAUCAACUUUGAAAACAUCGACUUCAGUGUCCCCACGGGAACCUAUAGUGACCGAAACUUAGGUUGGGUUGGUGGUUACCCGUUUACUUCAGUGUGCCUGGGAGAGAAGCGAGUUCUGCAGGACUUGUUUAGCCACCACGGAAAGGUAUCCGGAGAGAGCAUAUGGAAGGCAGUGUGUAGAGAGAAGUGUUUCUUAGCAAGCUUACGCCAGCUGGAUGUAGAAAGUGUGGUGGCAUACAUCGACCGCAUCGGCGGCAUCGAUCACAAGAUACAUAGUCUAUUCACUGGAGGACAGCCCGUAACACAGUCCCAGGUAGCCAUUGCCUUGACUAUCGCUGAAAAAGUUGUCCUUGGAUAUGGAUCCACGGAAUGCGGCCUCCUAGCUAUGGCAGUUGUUGAAGACGCGAAAAGUGAAGAUUUUUUCUGUGGUAAAGCAGUGCCAGACAAAACCCUGACAAUUGUCGAUGAGAACGGAGAUGAGUGUAAGUCUAGGCAGACUGGAACCAUUCUUGCUACAGGUGGGAACAUAUUUAAAGGUUAUUUUAACCGACUAGAAGACCCAGAUCCAAACACUGUCAAAUGUUUCACCGAGGAUGGAUGGUUCAACACGGAGGAUCUCGGCUUUUGGGAUGAAGACAAAAACCUCUACGUCUUGGGCAGGAACAAGGACACGAUCACGUACGGAAAUUAUGUCCUGUAUCCGGGGUGGCUAGAGGCAGAAAUCCUUCAACAUCCUGACGUGGCUGAUGCUUUCGUCUUGCCUGUAUCUGACCCUGUACGGUAUCACGAGAUCUGCGCAUGUGUGACCCCAGUCAGCGGAAGCAACGUGACAGAAGACCAACUGAAGUCCUACUGUGAAAGUAUCUUCAUUGCCGACUUGAACAGCUACCAGACGCCCAUGCCCAAGUAUUUUAUGGUCCUGGACAGUUUUCCGGAGACCCCAACUGGCAAACCGGACAAGCAGAGGCUAAGGAAACUAGCGGAGGAGAAAUUCGGGGCUGGCCGAAGUUUUACUAAUGUAUUACAAUGA